GCGGCGACUCAGCGGAUGUGAACGAACGUCUUGUUUACAUUGCGUGGAGAGACUUUCCUUUGACAAUUAUAUCCAGAGAUGCAGUUGGAAGCACAAGCCAUCGUCCUGGCAGCAGGGCCUGGGAUGAGGAUGACCACCCUCACAAACCACACCCCAAAGUGCCUUCUCCCUCUUGGAACUCUCCCCAUGAUUUGCUAUCCCCUUCAGCUGCUCCAGGAGGCAGGCUUCACAGAGGUAACUGUUGUGGUCAGUGCUGGGGCUGAGCAGAGCAUAAGCAAGGUAGUUGAGCAGUACAGCCUCAAGCUCAACCUGGACAUUGCAACUGUCAACACAUCCGACGACCCAGGGACAGCUGACUCACUUCGUCACAUUGCUGGGAAGAUCAAGAAAAGUGUUGAUGACGUUCUCAUCAUUAGUAGUGACCUAGUAACUGAUGUGAAACUGCAAUCAGUCAUGGACCAGCAUCGGUCAAGAGGUUCUGCACUCACGAUGCUCACUGCUAAUCACCAGCCACAGUUUCUGAAGGCUGUUCCUCCUGGUCCUAAGACAAAAUCCACCCUUAGUAGUGAUGUCAUCUGCACAGAAAGUGGUACAGGCCGUUUAAUGUUUGCUGUUGCUGGAGGUGAUUAUGAUGAGGUAGUCACACUGUCUAGUCGUGUCAUGAAGAAGGCAAAGUCACUUGAUGUGUCGACAUCCGUCACAGAUGCUCAUCUUUAUGUCAUGAAGAGGUGGCUUCUGGAUUAUGCACUGACCAAAGAGUCUCCUUGUGCUGAAAUGGGCUCAUUGAAAGCAGAAAUUAUUCCUCAUAUUAUUUCACGUCAGUUAAUGAACCCUCCAACAAAAGAGAGGAAUGAGAGAAAUUUAGAUAUCUGUGAUUUGAUGGAGGAGGAAGAGUAUAACGACCUUGUUACAAAGUACAAUAGCAGUGUAGUUCUGUCACGGCACCACAACUCAAGGGUACUUGAUGCACGAGUGUGUCAUGUUUACCACCAUCCAGGAUACUGCAUUCGUGCAAACACUCUUAAUUGUUACUGGGAGCUCAAUCGAAAGAUGCACUCAUUAUUCAAUGAAGUUUAUCCCAACUCGGCAUGGAGUGUUAAACACCCAUCAGCUGAUAUACAAGAAAAGGCACAGGUUAGCCCAGACAGCAUGAUUGGCUCUGGGUCAGUGAUAUGCGACAAGACAAAUAUCACCGGCAGUGUUGUAGGGAACCAUUGUCGGAUCAACUCAUUUACACGUUUGGUCAACUCUGUUCUGAGUGAUCAUGUUACCAUUGCACAAGGGUGUGUCAUCGAAAAUAGCCUCAUUACUACAAACAUAGAGAGAAAGUGUCACAUCAAGAACUGUAUUGUUACUGACCCAAACAGGAUUGAGGAAAAUAAGACCUACACUAAUGAAAUCCUGGAGGCAUCUCAGGACUUUGCUUAAUUGUAGACGUCUUGCAGCAUGGAUUAGACAGCAAGUGCAAGCAGUAAACGGAUUUGAUAAGAUAUAUGCUUUGGUUUGAGCAGCUCAUGUGGGAGAGUUGUUUGCAAUACUUUUCAUUUAUUUCUGACAAGGAAAUCAAUUAAAGAGUUGUAUUA